CCCUCGAGGCGCCUGGGCACGCGUGUCACGCCCUCUGCGGAGACCGACUUUCCUCUCCUCUCGACCCGCUCCCGGCACUUCAAAACCUCCAAGCGAGCUUUUCUCUUGGUGUGCUGUCAUUGUUUAAAGGGUCUGACUCGCCUGCACAUCCUAGAUGCUCAAUUAAAGUGACCGUAAAGGGAGACGCUCUCUCUUCUGCAAACACAGAACUGGAGGUACUGGGUGGGGAGGGGAGACUGGUCAGCAGGAAAUCUCCUUGCAUCCUAAAAUCCGUUGACCCGAGUGCCAAGACCAGCCACGUCGCCCGGGGGUAGGGGCCGGACUCCCUUCCAAGACCUCCACCCCUCCGCCCCUCCCCUCUCUGCUCCGCUUCUCACAGCCUUCCAGCCUCGCCCUGGACCCCCGCGGUCACGUGACCAGCAUCCCCACCUUGGGGUACACCCCCCCACCCCCGCCCCACGCGCACAGCUGGAGGCCGGUCCCCGCCCUCCCCCGGGAGCAGCGGCGCCGGAGCGGGCGCGGUGCAUUGUGGGCAGAGGGGCGGGGGUUGGGAAGAUGGCGGCUCCCAGCCUCCUGAACUGGAGGCGGGUUUCCUCCUUCACGGGGCCGGUUCCCCGCGCCCGGCACGGACACCGAGCGGUGGCCAUCCGGGAGCUGAUGAUCAUCUUUGGCGGGGGCAACGAAGGCAUCGCGGACGAGCUGCACGUCUACAACACCGUUACAAAUCAGUGGUUUCUACCAGCUGUUAGAGGAGACAUCCCCCCAGGCUGCGCUGCGCAUGGAUUUGUCUGUGAUGGCACCAGAAUAUUAGUGUUUGGGGGAAUGGUUGAAUAUGGAAGAUACAGCAACGAGUUAUAUGAGUUACAAGCAAGUCGUUGGUUAUGGAAAAAAGUGAAACCCCAUCCCCCUUCUUCUGGUUCACCUCCUUGUCCUCGGCUGGGACAUAGCUUCUCUUUAUAUGGUAACAAAUGCUAUUUAUUUGGUGGACUGGCAAAUGAAAGUGAAGAUUCAAACAAUAAUGUUCCCAGAUAUUUAAAUGACUUCUAUGAGUUGGAGCUACAGCAUGGUUCUGGUGUUGUGGGUUGGAGCAUUCCAGUGACUAAGGGGAUUGUGCCUUCGCCAAGAGAAUCCCACACAGCUGUUAUAUAUUGCAAAAGAGAUUCUGGAAGUCCUAAAAUGUAUGUUUUUGGUGGAAUGUGUGGUGCUCGCCUGGAUGAUCUAUGGCAACUUGACUUAGAAACUAUGUCAUGGUCAAAACCAGAAACUAAAGGGACAGUACCACUUCCACGAAGCCUUCAUACAGCCAGUGUUAUAGGAAAUAAGAUGUACAUAUUUGGUGGAUGGGUUCCACAUAAGGGGGAGAAUAUUGAGACUUCACCUCAUGAUUGUGAAUGGAGGUGUACUAGUUCAUUUUCUUACCUGAAUCUUGAUACAGCAGAAUGGACCACUCUAGUAUCAGAUUCUCAGGAAGAUAAAAAAAAUUCAAGACCAAGACCAAGAGCUGGACACUGUGCUGUUGCAAUUGGCACUCGAUUAUAUUUUUGGAGUGGAAGAGAUGGCUACAAAAAAGCACUGAAUAGUCAAGUUUGCUGCAAGGAUCUUUGGUAUCUUGAUACUGAGAAACCACCGGCACCAUCACAAGUACAGCUGAUCAAAGCCACCACCAACUCUUUCCACGUCAAAUGGGAUGAAGUGCCGACAGUCGAGGGCUACCUUUUGCAGCUGAACACGGACUUGCCGUAUCAAGCCGCAUCAUCAGAUUCCUCAGCAUCGCCAAACAUGCAAGGAGUCAGGAUGGACCCUCACAGACAAGGCAGUAAUAGCAUCAUUCCUAACAGUAUCAGUGAAAUAGUGAACAGUGUAAAAUCUGAACAUACAGCCAUGAAAGGAACUUCAGUGAAAAACAAACCAGAUCUCAAAGCAUCAACUGAUUCUAAUGCCUCUUCACAUUCAUCUUUGGCAGCUAAUGCUUCUAAUCAUAAUAGUUGUAUGGUGGAUAUGCUAAGGAAAAAUGAAGGUCCUCACACUUCAGCAGAUAUAGGUGUUCUAAGUAGUUGCCUGGACUUAAGAACAGUAAUCCCUGAAACUUCUGUAUCCAGUACUGUUUCCAGCGCACAAACUAUGGUAACCCAGCAGACCAUUAAAACUGAAUCAUCCAGUACAAAUGGGGCAGUUGUUAAAGAUGAAACUUCACUAACAACAUUCAGUACCAAAGCUGAAGUUGAUGAAACGUGUGCACUGCCUGCAACUAAGAUAAGCCGUGUGGAGGCACAUGCUGCCAUGGUGCCGUUUUCUAAAGAGACUCCUUCAAAUCCAGUGGCCAUGAUGAAAGCAGGAGAACGACAGUGGUGUGACGUAGGAAUUUUUAAAAAUAAUACAGCUUUGGUGAGCCAGUUUUAUUUGCUGCCAAAAGGGAAGCAAAGCAUUUCAAAGAUAGGAAAUGCAGACGUACCUGACUACAGUUUACUUAAGAAACAAGAUCUUGUUCCAGGCACAGGAUACAGAUUCAGGGUUGCUGCCAUCAAUGGUUGUGGAAUAGGCCCUUUCAGCAAAAUCAGUGAAUUUAAAACUUGUAUUCCCGGUUUUCCUGGAGCUCCUUCUGCAGUCAGAAUUUCAAAGAAUGUCGAGGGCAUCCAUCUUUCCUGGGAACCUCCAACUUCACCUUCUGGAAAUAUUUUGGAAUAUUCAGCCUACUUGGCUAUCCGCACAGCACAAAUACAAGAUAAUCCAAGUCAACUUGUGUUUAUGAGGAUUUAUUGUGGUCUUAAGACAUCAUGUAUAGUAACUGCUGGGCAGCUUGCAAAUGCACAUAUUGAUUAUACAUCCAGGCCUGCCAUUGUGUUCAGGAUAUCAGCAAAGAAUGAAAAGGGAUAUGGACCAGCUACACAAGUUCGAUGGCUUCAAGGUAACAAUAAAAAAGCACCUUUAAAUUGAUUUUCUUUCUUUCUUUCUUUUUUUUUUUUUUUUUUACUGAAGCUAUUGUGAUGAUUAUUUAUUAGUAACUGGUUUUGGAGAUUUGUCAUUUAAAAGAGUAUUCUCUGACUGUAUUUCUAGCAGUUAUGAAUUUGAGUUUGUAAGUUGUUCUUAAAAUGUAUUUGCUCAAUUCUAGAUCCAAAUAAAAGUAGAAAAGAAGCAAAGCCUCUCUGAAAAUCAGUAUAUGAAUUCUUCCCUACAGUUAUAGCUCUAUUAUAAAGAAAAAUAGUAAAAUUAAGAUAAAAGCUAGAAAGCUUUAUUACCCCAAUAUCUUUUAUAAAGGCCAUGUAACUCAGUCAUCCUAGAGUUACUGAGAUGAUUCUAGUAACUGGCUGUUGUACACUGUGCUGUCUUAUAUGGUAAAUGUUCCCUACCCUGAAAAGGUCAAGUCUUGGAGUACUCCCUCUCACUUUAUUCUAUAUGAGCAGUGGUCCUCUAGCAACUAUCUUCUACUGGAUAAUAUUUGUAAUACUGAUUUUAGUAGCCAUUUGAUUCAUUUCUUUGUUUAUCUACAGUUAGCACAGAGCUUAAGAAGUUAAAAAAAGAAGCAAGUUCAGAAACUCUGCUUUGGAAUUUUUAUCAUUUUCCAAGAAUCAUGGCAACAUACAAAAAGAUUAGUGGGUUUUCUUGAUUCAUACCAGGUUAAUAUAUUGGAAUAUAUUUUUGGCCAAAGCACUUACCUGGCCCUCAGUUUCCUGAUUAAUAGAUGAGGGAGUUAAAAAAAAGUUUACCUUUAAGGUCCCUUUCAGCACUUAAAUUCAGUAUGUUUAUUAGAAGUGAAGUUUAUCCCUAAAUAUUUUAACAUCUGUCUUAAUGGAUCUAAUUUUGCUUUUGCUGAAAUUAAAAUGUUCAUAAUUUAAAAUUCAGAGUUUUAUGUUCUCCUUAUCACAGAAAGAAGCACCUUAACAGGACAUGAGUUUUGAAAUAGUGUUUUAAACAUUUGUAAGAUUUUUGUAAAUGCUCUAAAUGUUUUAUUUUUGCAUUGUUUUUACCUUGAAAUUGUAUAAACUUUUUUACAACUGAAAUAUAAGCAUUAGGCAGCUUCCUCAGGUUCCAUUAUAACCUUAAAGAUAACAUAGGCAUUAUAUUAUAUUCAUAUACAUAUACAGGUGACUUAUUUUAAACCUUUUAGGAAUUUCAUGGUUCCACUGCCUAUUUGAAUCCAGAAUAAAUAUAUAGAGCAAUAAUUGCAGAAAAGACAUUUCAGACCAAGCUGCAGUAACUGCAGGAGGACAGGUCUGUCCUUUUUAUACCUUGUAACCUUUUGCCAGUUGCGGUUGACUGAGUAGCUAUGUCCUCAGACUUCAUGUAUAAUACUCCCAGCAAAGGUGGAAUUAAUUGUGCAGAACUGAUGUGUGUGUGUGUUCCAGUUACUAAUUUAAAGUGUAUAGAAUAUUUUAAUAUAUAAUUUUUGUAAAGAACUGGGAUUUUUGUACUACAGUAUUUGUAAUUAAUGUGUCUUCACUAAUUAAGUUUCUCUUGAAGAAAAUAUGCAAACUGUUAGACACGUAUUGAGAGAUUUCCAAACUCUAAAGGUAAAAUAAAUGCACUACUGUGGUGUUGUUAGCAUACCUUUUUUGUGGCUAUAUGAAUCCGUGAUCUCUAAAUGUGUACUUUACAGACAGUGUUUACAAGGAGCUGCUCUGGUUUGUUAGCCCAGCACCUGCCUUGGUGAGAGCUUCAUUCUGCAUUUGUUUAACUCAUAUGCAUUGCUUUUGGCAUAUGCUUGCUUUUUGCACUAGUAGAAUUUUAACUUACCUCAUUAUUAUGUUUGUAAUCAUUUGUAUAGCUUCCAUAAUAUGUCUGAUAUAGGCUAAAGAAGUACUUAACCAAAGUUAAAAUAAAUGGUAAGCAAUUUUGC